GUCCAGCCCCGUACUCUGCCUCUUCCUUUCGAGGAAACUCGCCUCGCUGGAGACGUGACGAGCAGUCGACGCAGUGGUUGCCGUGGUGAAGCGUGCCCGGACCCGCGAGAUUAGAAUCUCCCCUCCUCCGCUGUUUACAGACCUCUCUCUCUCUCUCUCCCGCCCGUCCCGGCUGAGGAUCGGAAUCGGGAACGGGACGGAGCGCCCGGGUCGCACGUGUUUUUGGGAGAGGGCUGGUCCCGGAGCUUUUAUCUCGCGGCAGCAGGAAGGAAGGGCUCGUCCUCGGCGCAGACACAGGAAAGACGCCGUCCCGGACGUGUCCCGCCAGACGCGUGCGGCGGAGACCAGCAUGCACGUCCUCGGCUGCGGGGUUAACGCACGCUCCUAGACCACCGCCGGCCAAGACCUGGAGGAAGAGGAGCAGAGAUGAGGAAGAACUUCAGCGCGAUCCCGCUCAUUUACGUCACCCAGGCGGACCGGAGCGGCGAUGGGAACGUCCUCAGCAUCCCGGUGCCGAUGCGGCGGGGCGGCUCCGAGAACAGCCUGGACCUGGGCUCGUCGGACGGCCCGCUGGCCGACUUCCGGCGGGGCCGGGCGGGGCUCGACGGCCUGCAGCAGAAGAUCCUGAAGGUGACGGAGCAGCUGCGCAUCGAGCAGACGGCGCGCGACGAGAACGUGGCCGAGUACCUGAAGCUGGUCAACAGCGCCGACAAGCAGCAGGCCGCCCGCAUCAAGCAGGUGUUCGAGAAGAAGAACCAGAAGUCGGCUCAGAGCAUCGCGCACCUGCAGAAGAAGCUGGAGCAGUACCACAAGAGGAUGAGGGACAGCGAGAGCAACGGCGCCGCCAAGGCCAAGGAGGCCAAGGAGUCCUCCAAGGACAGCCUGAAGGACGGCCUGAAGGACGGCCUGAAAGACGGCCUGAAGGACGUGAGCGGGAGCGGCCGGCACCCGUGCCUGGACAAGGUGAAGACCAUCGGGCCCGGCGUCUCGCUCUCGCCGCCGUUCUUCUUCAACAAGUCCCGCGAGUUCGCCAACCUCAUCCGCAACAAGUUCGGCAGCGCCGACAACAUCGCGCACCUCAAGAGCUCCAUGGAGGCGCCGUCGCCCUUCCACCAGGAGGGCGGCGCCCGUGCCCUCAGCGGCAGCGCCACCAUCGUGGCCAAGCCCAAGUACCCCAGCGACGACGAGUGCUCGUCGGGCACGUCGGCCUCGGCCGACAGCAACGGGAACCCGGCGGCCGGCAGCCCCGACAAUGACGCCCAGGCCAAGCUGGCCCUGCUGCUGGACGAGGUGCGCGAGAUCCGCGAGGUGCAGACGCAGCUGGCCGACGACAUGGAGGGCCUCAAAGCCCAGUUCAAGCGGGACUACGGCUUCAUCACGCAGACGCUGCAGGAGGAGAGAUACAGGUAUGAGAGACUGGAGGACCAGCUGAAUGACCUGACCGAGCUCCACCAGCACGAGACCACCAACCUGAAGCAGGAGCUGGCCAGCAUAGAGGAGAAGGUGGCCUACCAGGCCUAUGAGCGUGCCAGGGACAUCCAGGAGGCGCUGGAGUCCUGCCAGACGCGGAUCUCCAAGCUGGAGCUGCAGCAGCAGCAGCAGCAGGUGGUGCAGCUGGAGAGCGCCGACGCCAAGGUGCUGCUGGGCAAGUGCAUCAACCUGAUGCUGGCCAUCGUCACGGUGAUCCUGGUGUGCGUCUCCACGGUGGCCAAGUUCACGGCGCCGCUCAUGCGCAGCCGGCUGCACGUGGUGUGCACCUUCUUCGCCGUCACGCUGCUGGCGCUCUUCUGGAAGAACUGGGAGCACCUGCAGUGCGCCGUGGAGCGCAUGCUGGUGCCGCACUGAGAGGGA